AAACUACUGAAGYCAAGAGACAAAGAUAAUGGGUGUAUGCUCUGCGAUGCUUUCUUAUAUGAAUUUUAAGAUUAAUUAAUGGUUCCUUUUGGCGAAAGCACCACUAUGUCAUUGCUUCAGGUACAGGGAGUUGCUGUACGAAACAGAAGUUUUUCACUCACUCUUCUUCCAGCACUGCGCCACCUGAGUGCUGUUUGUGUUUCGUCUCCUAUGUACAGAACACCGACUAUAUCUCCCGUUUCCCGUAACAUACAAAGUUCUGAAAGACGCACAAGUUCAGUUUCGAGUCUCUCCAAAGAAACAAUGGUUUACGAAGAGCAAGAGUUCUGGCAACGACAAUCAAAACAAAAGCAUUGGCAGAACGAAAGUAAGCACGACAGCGUUCUGACCUCGGAUUCUCAACAAAUCUACGAAAAGUUUUCAUUAAAAAUGACGACAACUCCAGAAAAAAAACCGGAAUCUUCAUUAGAAACGAAAACGGAACAGUCACUCGAGUUUAGUUCCAGUCACAGUAGCAAUGGAGAUGUGCAAGCCUCAAGCUCUUCUGAAAGCAAAAAUCUUUCCAAAACCGUGAAGAACAAAAUAUCUCUUUCAAAAGCUAGUAAAUCUACCAAUAAAAGCAGAAAACUCUCAAGAAAAUCUUGCAAGAGAAGAAAUAGUGCCAAGUCGUCAAGAAAAGUACCAAGUGUAUUUGAAAGAUUAACAAACAGUACUUUCAAAAGUGAUUACCAUAGUGAUAGAGGUUGGUAUCUUAUUUGCCUGUAUGUUAGCCUGUGUGUAUAUCAUAAUUUAUGUUACAUUCCACAAUUUGUUUCAAAACUUGCUGCAGUUGUUGCUACCUUCAGUCUUCUGGUAAAGUUUCAGCUCAAUUUAUGGCUGUUUAA